AUGAGAAACAUAUCUUCUUUACAGGUAGCUUGGGAUGAUGCACAGAGGCUUGGAAACCGGUGUAUUGAGCGUGAAAAAUGUCGCAAUGAUGCUGCUGGAGAUCUUUCUGAGCUCUCAGAAGGUGAGAAAGAAAAAGGUGACACCAACCAAACGGAAACUUUAGCACAAAACAUUUCAAGAAUCAACUCCGACAUAGAAAUCUGGUCAAACGAGGAUAAACCUAGGCGCCUUUACAUUGUCUUGAUCAGUCUUCACGGGUUGGUACGUGGAGAAAACAUGGAACUUGGAAGAGAUUCUGAUACUGGUGGUCAGGUGAAAUACGUCGUAGAACUUGCUCGAGCACUGUCCAACAUGAAAGGAGUCUAUCGCGUAGAUCUCCUGACUCGACAAAUCACAUCAGUAGAGGUUGAUUCUAGCUAUGGUGAACCCAUUGAGAUGCUGGCCUGCCCGCCCGAUGGCAGUGGUAGCUGUGGUGCCUACAUAGUCCGAAUCCCAUGUGGACCCCGUGAUAAGUACAUUCCAAAAGAGUCGCUCUGGCCUCACAUACCAGAAUUUCUCGAUGGGGCUCUAAGUCACAUUAUCAACAUGGCGAGAGCUCUUGGUGAAGAAAUCGACGGGGGAAAGCCAAUGUGGCCUUAUGUGAUUCAUGGCCAUUAUGCAGAUGCUGGGGAGGUAGCGGCAUAUUUGUCAGGAGUCUUGAAUGUUCCCAUGGUGCUAACGGGGCAUUCACUGGGACGGAACAAGUUCGAGCAAUUACUUAAGCAAGGGAGGUACUCUAGGGAGGACAUAAAUUCAACAUACAAGAUCAUGAGGAGAAUUGAAGCUGAAGAGUUGGGGUUGGAUGCCGCUGAACUGGUGGUGACGAGUACGAGGCAAGAGAUUGAAGAGCAAUGGGGUUUGUAUGAUGGUUUUGAUAUUAAGAUGGAGAGGAAACUUAGGGUUAGGAGAAGAAGGGGAGUAAGCUGCCACGGAAGGUACAUGCCAAGGAUGGUGGUUAUACCACCGGGCAUGGACUUUAGCUAUGUCACAGCAAAAGAUUCGUUGGAAGUAGUUGGCGAUCUGAAGUCCCUUAUAGGUGCUGAUAGAACUCCAAAUAAAAGGCAUUUACCUCCGAUUUGGGCAGAGAUCAUGCGAUUUUUGGCAAACCCGCACAAGCCCAUGGUACUUGCUUUGUCUCGUCCAGACCCCAAGAAAAAUGUAACCACUUUGCUCAAGGCUUACGCCGAAUGCCGACCCCUACGAGAGAUAGCAAAUUUGACACUGAUACUUGGUAACAGAGAUGACAUAGAAGAGAUGUCUAACAGCAGCUCAAUUGUUCUGACCACUGUACUUAAGCUCAUUGACAAGUACGACUUAUAUGGUCAGGUGGCUUACCCAAAGCAUCAUAAUCAAUGUGAUGUUCCUGAGAUAUACCGUCUGGCUGCAAAAACUAAGGGAGUUUUCAUCAACCCAGCCCUCGUGGAACCUUUCGGUCUCACACUCAUAGAGGCGGCUGCUUAUGGUUUACCUGUGGUCGCUACCAAAAAUGGCGGACCCGUAGAUAUAGUCAAAGCACUUAACAAUGGCCUUCUCAUUGACCCACAUGAUCAGAAAGCCAUAGCAGAUGCUCUCCUGAAGCUUGUCGCAGACAAAAACCUCUGGCUUGAGUGCCGCAAACACGGCCUAAAGAAUAUCCACCGCUUCUCAUGGCCAGAACACUGCCGCAACUACCUGUCCCAUGUUGAGCACUGCAGAAAUCGCCACCCGACCACACGUCUUGAGAUUAUGACAACUCUUGAAGAACCCAUGAGUGAGUCACUAAGGGAUGUUGAGGACCUUUCUUUGAAAUUCUCCGUUGACGUGGAUUUCAAGCCCAAUGGGGAGCUUGAUGCAACAACCAAACAAAAGGAACUAAUUAGGACCCUAACCCAAAUGGCUACCUCCAACGGAAACUCCACCGUUAGUUACUAUCCGGGAAGAAGGCAGAGGCUAUUUAUAAUUGCCGUUGAUUGUUAUAACAAUAAUGGACUCUGCACUGGGAUGUUAUCAUCAAUUAUAAACAAUGUGAUGACAUCUGCGGGCUCGAGAUCAGGGGAGACAGGCUUUAUAUUGCUAACAGGUUUAAGCUUACUCGAGGCAAAAGAAGCAUUGACUUCUCAGGUAAAACUGGAAGAUUUUGACGCAUUGGUUUGUAGUAGCGGAAGUGAAAUGUAUUACCCAUGGAAGGAUUUGGUAGCUGAUGCAAACUACGAAGCCCAUGUUGAGUAUCGCUGGCCUGGUGGGAAUGUGAGAUCAAUGGUGAUGAGGCUUGCUAGGAUAGCAGAUGAGGCUGAGGAUGACAUUGUGGAACACAUAAGUGCAUGCAGCUCUCGAUGCUACUCGUAUAGGAUCAAACCAGGAGCGAAGGUUCGAAGGAUCGAUGACCUUCGCCAGAGGUUCCGGAUGAGAGGCUUACGAUGCAACCUUGUCUACACACAAGCUGCAAAAAGGUUGAAUGUAGUACCUUUAAUUGCAUCUAGGGUCCAAGCACUAAGGUACUUAUCAGUAAGGUGGGGCAUUGACCUUUCCAAGAUGAUUGUGUUUGUUGGGGAAAGAGGAGAUACAGACUAUGAAGACUUGCUAGUUGGUAUCCACAAAACUGUAAUCCUAAAAGGUUCUGUGGAAUAUGCCAGCGAGAUGCUAUUUCGAAGCGAAGACAGUUUCAAGAGGGAAGACGUAGUCCCCCAAGAUACCCCUAACAUUGCCUUAACUGAGGGGUAUGACACCCCUGAUAUCACCACAGCCUUGGAGACACUUGGGAUCAUUUGAUUGUCGUUUUAUGACUUCUCCUGUGAUCGUUUGAAUUGCUUGUCAUAGGUAACCCAAAAGCAUAUACAUAAUUGUGUAAUAUAAAAAAAAUUCGUAACUAAUUUUCUGUAUAUUACUACUUAAGGCCAUAUUGACACGAUCAAAUAAGUUGA